UAAAGUUGUUGUUGAAACAAGGCAGUCCUUCAGGUGAAACGUCCCCCUGAAGCCCUGGGUCCUUCGAGACUGGAGUUCCCCCGCACCUUUCCUCCCUGAGCGAAGAGGUUCCGCCAGAGCCCUGGGUUCCCCCAGCUUCGCAGGAAGGAUUUUGUGGAACUGGUCGAGUCGCUGUCCUCCCAGAAGGAGGACGAGUCGUGGCUUCCAGCCCUGCACCCCCGCAGACAAGGGCCUGCGGAAUACGUCCCUAGAUGCAGUGGACGGAGCGCGGGCCGUGGAGCCAGAGAGGGGGUCCUGCCAGCCAAACACAGCCCACCACCUGUUUUCAUAUGGCCUGGGGCCACUCUCCCACGGGAUGGGGCCUACAGUUCUCCCAGGUGAUCGGCAUCUGCUGGGCUGCCGUGGGGUCACUCUACGCUGAGAUGACACAGGACAAGUUUCGUCGAUGCUUUUCACUGACCAUCCUGAUGCUCAACGGAGCCAUGUUCUUCAACCGCCUGUCCCUGGAGUUUCUGGCCAUUCAGUACCGGGAAGAGAACCACUGAGGCCUGGGGCCCAGGCUGAGAAGGGGGAAGGAAAAGGCUGCUUCGGGUGUUUUAAUAAAGUCUGUCAUUUAUUUC